AUGGGACGACUUUCUAACCUAACCCUUUUGCUGUUCAGGGAGUCGCGAUAUCUGGCGGAGACUUUGGUUGGAAGUUGUCCCCUGGGCAAGGUCCAGCUGCCUCUCAGCUCACUCGGAGGUGGUGACGGAGAAGGCCAGAUGAACCAUUUUGUUCAGACCAGCAAGCUCAACAUGUUCCGACUGCCCGUGAGUUGGCAGUUCCUCGUCAACAACCAACCCGGCGGACAGCUCGACGCCAACAACUUCGGCCGCUACGACCAGGUCAUGCAGAAGUGCCUCGCGACGGGCGCCCACUGCAUGGUCGACAUCCACAACUUCGCGCGGUGGGACGGCGGCAUCAUCGGCCAGGGCGGACCGACCGACGACCAGUUCGUCUCGCUGUGGACGCAGCUCGCGCAGCGGUACAAGGCCGACGAGAGGGUCGUCUUCGAGCUCAUGAACGAGCCGCACGACCUCGACGUCGCCCUCUGGGCCGCGACCUGCCAGAAGGCCGUCGCCGCCAUCCGCCGCGCCGGCGCCGCGUCCCAGAUGAUCCUGCUGCCCGGCACCAACUUCAACUCGGCCGAGUUCUUCGUCAGCAGCGGCAGCGCCGACGCCCUCGCCGCCAUCACGAACCCCGACGGCUCGACCGACAACCUCGUCCUCGACGUCCACAAGUACCUCGACGAGAACAACAGCGGCACCCACAAGCUGUGCACGACCGACAACGUUGAGAGCUUCAGGAAGGUGGCCGAGUUCCUCAGGUCCAAGGGCCGCAAGGGGCUGGUGAGCGAGACGGGCGCCUCGAACGAUGCCUCGUGCUUCACGAGCUUUUGCGCCCAAAACACCUUCAUCAACCAGAACUCGGACGUCUUCAUCGGUCUCGUCGGAUGGGCCGCCGGCAGCUUCGACGCCAACUACGUCCUCAGCCUGACGCCCAAGAAAUCCGGCAACGGGGGUUACGCCGACAACGACCUGAUGAAGCAGUGCGUGCUCGACACGUGGGCGAACACGGAGCAGAACGUGUCGGCCCCGGCCAGGUCCGCGUCCCAGUCUCAGUCUCAGCCCGCCGUUUCCGCGAUGCCCACCAAGGCGUCGAGCUCCGCGCCCACUGCGAUCCCGGUCACGGCGCCCGCGAGGAGCAGCGAGGAACAGGGCAUCGCUCCCCCGACGACCAUCGUCAGCAUGCCGAGCACGCUGCUGGUAGACCCGUCCACGCCGACGCCGCCGACGCCAACCGGUCCACGGAGAAACGGGACGACGACCACGCGCCCGCCCUCCGUUCCAACGGCUGCGGGGUCGCGGAUGGAGAUGGGCGGCACCUUUUUGGGUCUUGGUCUAGUGCUCGCCCUGCUUCUGUGA